GAAGUCCCCACUCAUGCCAAAGGUCGAAACAAAUAAUUUGCAAAUCACAGGGGAAAAAGAGGAAAUCUAUAAUAUGAAUAUGUUUCGAGAGCAACAAUUGGCAGAAAUUCCUGUAAAUAUAAAUUUAAAUAGGCAUAUUAAAUUAAUAUAUAAACGUAAUACUAUAGAACUAAGUAAUAUUUAUAAUUCAACGAUACAAGGAAAUAAUGGUGGUAAAGAUUCGGAGAAAAUGACUGAACAGGUGACCGGAAGAAAAUUCCGAAAGAUCUUACGUAAACGUAGACCUUUACAAGCAGAUGAUGAUAUCCAUGAUCAUCCCAUCGAGCGAAAAACUAGUGAAGUCAAAAGGAAUAAGCCCCGAAGGCAAACUGUGAUUGUCAGGCGACGAAUGUCAUCUGCAGGACAUCCAACAACGUUUGCCUCCAGCGGUGGUAUAGGUUCAAAUCAAAGAACGGAACCGAUGCGACGGACAAAGCUGGUGCGACGAAAGAUAACACAAAUGCCUACGAUUACAGAUACAAAGUCAGCAGAAUUUAUUACUGAGCUCAAGACAGUAACACAAACUGGGUUCAAUACUAUUUUUGAAACGGUAGUACGACAAAAAACCUACACAUACGUUGUCGAUCGCGUACACAAUUCAGAGCAUUUAAUUCAAUCAUCGACAUUGGUUAGAGACCAAAUAGUGACUGUAACUCGGACUCAAGUGCAAACUCAUGAAAUUGUACUAACUUUGACACGAGCCACCCCAACAACGAGCAUACCGAUGAGCCUUACAACAUCAGCAAUACUCAACGGAAGCUGAGCUACUUCCGUCAUUCAUAAAAUGUUUUGUUACUUGUUACCUUCUAAGCAGUUACAGUUUACACAUCAAUUGCUAUUCAAAAGGACAAUACAGCUCUCUUCUACUUCUACCCAAAAUAUAAAUGUUUCUUCCAUCAAUCCUUCUAUAUAAUUUCAACCUCUUCUGGACUAUCGGAUAUUAUUUGUACAUUAUCUUUUUCAUCAAAUUCUACUGAAAUACGGAGACUUUCUUCUGUAUACAUAUAUGUAAUUGAAAUGCAAAAAUCUCCGACAAAAUACCAGCAACCUGUGUUAUAUACGUUUGUUUAUAUAUUAUUUUGUUUUACCGAUGUAUAUAAAAAGUUAUAGAAUGUCUUUACUGAUGUUUCAAUACACUUUCGAUAUUUUAUAAAAAUAA